CGAUCUUUCAAAGCAUUAUUGGUACUCCAAAUUGGCAUUGUAAUAAUUAUCGGAUUUGUUACCUUAUGACUGGCCGCCCAGUCAGUGUUCUUGCCCAUCACCUAUAGUACGAUAAUUACUCGUCUACACUACUGAAACGUAGAUACUGCAACAACUCUUCCAUCUAUCCUACACUUUCUUCAGCCAAAUACAUCAUCAUGGGGAGUCAACAAACGGGUAUCGAGGAAGCAUCAACCCAGCCUCCCAAGCUAACUCUAUCCGAGUUCAAAGCUUUUAACAGACUAGCAGACCACAUGGAUUUAUUCCAUAACAAUUUCCGCAUGAUGUGGAACGAGAUAUACAGCGCCUGCAACAACAACAAACGCCCCAGCCACCAAUCCAUUCACGCAUUUCUCAACCUCGCCGAAUCUUUCUGCACUCAACUCACCCUCCAUCAUACAAUUGAAGAGCGGCACUUUUUCCCCGAGCUAGCCGUGCGAAUGCCAGAGUUUCGCGAGGAUCUUGUUGGUCAGCACCGUGAGAUUCAUCAUGGACUAGACCAAAUGCAUCAAUAUUUGAAGAUGUGUCGCACUGGUGAGACCGAGCUUCAGCUUUCACAUUUAAAAGUUUUAAUGGAGAGCUUUGGGGAGAUUCUAUGGACACAUCUGGAUGAUGAGGUUAGAGCUUUGGGGGCGGAGAAUAUGCGGAAAUAUUGGACUCUGCAGGAGAUGGCUGAACUGUAUCAUUAAAUGUGUUUUCUGUCACUUGGUGACACGGAGGGAGCUGAUAGGAUACAAAUCUUAUUAGUGCAGAAGAUGAAGAUGGUUGAGGUGAGAAAUCAUCAUCUCACCGAGAAGUGGGGGCGGAUGACAUUAAAACGUAUCA